CGGAAACGUUUAGUGCUGAAACUCGCGUUUUCUCGUUCACUUCUUGAGCCAAUUUGCUCGUUGGCAGUUUUUCCAGUUGUUGGUCGGUUAGUAAUGGGAACGUAUAUCGUCGUUUGUUUUAAAUGAAAUCACCUUUUAUCAAAACUUGAUUACUUGGUGUUAAUUAAAAAAAUUUAUUAGUUGAUAGGUGAACCGUGAGAGAUCGCGUUUUCGAAUUAAGAGGGGAUGAGUAAAUUUGUUUUUUAAUUAAUAAAAAAAAGAAGAUAAAAUCAGUCAUGUUACUGGCGAUACAAAUCGUGUCGUUUUUCCUCCUGGCUUAUGCUGCUCUCGACAGGGUGCGGAAAUGCUGCCCACCGGGUCAGGCUUUCGAUGAAGAUUUCAUCUGCUCACCAUCGGACAACAAAUUGUUGAAUCCGUUUCGCCCGUGGAAAGACCUGCCGUCGUUUUAUAGCCCGUUGUUCUGCCCCAACGAAAGUAAAGUGUCGCUGGACCCCGGUGAAUAUUCCCUCUUAGAUGAUGGAACUUUAUACGUCGACCAGGAGCAAGGCUACAAGUACACUGAGUUCUGUUUCGAGUUGGAUUCGAACGAAAGCGAGAUAAAACCUUUCAUCUGCAUUGACGAUGACGAUAAAGAUGACACGUCCACUAAAAUAUAUCCCAUCGGAAUGAUAAUAUCCCUGCCGUUUUUGUUAAUUACCUUGAUCACUUAUAUUAUACUGCCGAGUUUACACAACAAACAUGGUUAUUGCCUCAUGGGACACAUCACUGCAAUGAUUUUCGGCUACACAACUUUGACCGUUACUCAGAUUUAUGCUGAUGUCUUCUUAGUUUCCUGCAUCACAUUGGGCUUUGCUGUACAGUUCUUCUUUUUGGCCACCUUCUUCUGGUUGAACGUCAUGUGCAUCGAUAUUUACUGGGCGUUCAGCGGUAUAAAGCUAAGAGGUACGGCUUCUGAACGCGACAGGAAGAAACUUCUUGCGUACUCUUUCUACGCCUGGGGAAUGCCUCUGAUCAUAUUGGCUGUGACAGUUGGCGUCGAUUACUCCGAUUCCAUCCCGUCAUCAUCAAUUUUCAAACCGAACAUGGGAAAGGACAGAUGUUUCUUUAAGGGUCGUACAGCAACAUGGACCUAUUUCUACGGGCCAAUGGCUGUUAUCUUGUUUAGUAAUUUAAUUCUUUUUUCAAUAACCGCCUAUCGCAUUUGGAGACACAGGAGAGAAACAGCACAAUCAUUCCAUCGUGGUGAUAGCAGAAGGCAUGAUGGCAAUGAGAGUGAAAGGUUUAAUUUGUAUUUGAAACUCUUCUUAGUCAUGGGUAUCAACUGGAUUUCUGAGCUCAUAUCCUUUAUGUUCGGAAAGGACGUACCACAGUAUCUCUGGUACAUAACAGACAUCACAAACACCUUACAGGGUGUUUUUAUAUUUUUGAUAUUCGUAUGGAAGAAACGAGUGAGGAAGCUCCUUUGGGAAAAACUAUGCGGGGGGAAACAAUCCCAGUUACGCAGUUCAACAAUGACAACAAGCACAGCAUUAAACAGUAGUACAAGAUGAUAGUCAUUAUGUAAAUCUUGUCGUACAUAAUUCAAAAAGUCAUUGCUUUUUUUCUUUUCUUUUUUUUUUCAAUUUUCUAUCUGACAUUUUUCACAGUAAUCAUGUCAAUUUUUCAUUAAUCAUUUUUGUUUAUGUAUUGAAGUUCGUUUUCUGAAACAAAAUUUCUUUUAUUGCAUUAAGAGUUUUGUUUUAAUUUUAUAUACAGUUAUACAAAUAUCUUCAGUUUAAAUUAUUUUCAUGUUUUUCUUUAAUCUAAUGAAAUAAUGCUAGUCAUAAAUGUGAAAUUGCAAUUUUAUUGUCCUAAAUAACAUAGCCUAUCUCUUUUUAAUAUGUGUUCAUAUGUAAGCAUUUAUGUAAUUAAAUGUUGCUUAUUCUAUAUGUAUUGUAUGUUAUGUAUUAUACCACUUGCUAUUUCAUUAAUUGCAUAAUGAUGUACUGUAAUAUUUUACCUAUUAAACAAAAAUGUAUAUUUAAUAUAAAUAAAUGUUAAUUUGAGCCUAAUAAUAAUAUUUAACUUAAUUAAAACUCAACAUUAAUUAUAAUGUAUUAUAUGUUGGCAUAUUUUCUUAUAAUUUGUAGAUUAUUGCUUUGUAAAUCUAUCUACAAGUCUUAGUUACCACUAUAUGCAUUAAAUUACUGAGUUCUUCAACAAAUCACUUAAGUACCUGUUCAUGCUGGACAUAAAUAUUCCAUUUCUGAAAUCAAAAGUUUUGCAAAAGAAAAAUUAUAAAGUAGCAUAACAAAUGUUUAAAUGUUUUACUCAUUUAUAAAGUAUAUUUUGUAGCAUUCAGUCUAAAUGUGGCUUUUUAAAAUUAAAUUAAGCCUUUAAAAUAUUACUGUAUUGUUAUAAUAUUCAUAAAUAUGAUUGAGGCUUUAUUAAAACUGCUGUAGGUCUAAGGGCGAUGACAAGCUCCACUAAUAGCUGGCUAAUUUGUACUGUUUCUUCCUUGGGGAAUGACAAAUCGCUUUUAAAACUCCAGGAGGAACAAAAUUUAUGCAUAACAGAUGUCGUGUAUUAAAUUAUUUAAUGUAUACAUAUUUACAUUUGUAUAAACAUUGAGUCCAAAUGAAGUGUACAUUGUUGGACAACAUAGUACAAUGUUUCAACUACAAAAUUUAUAACACUUAAAAUAAGAUUUUUUGUUAAUAUACAUUUGAAUAUUC